AUUUUAAUUAACAUGCUUUCCCUCUCUCUUUCGCACCUAAGAACCGAGCAUCUCAUUGGGGCACCUCCUCGCCAUGCGUCCGUUCCAUUGCCAUAGGGAGAUGGACCAUCAACCCAUGACGGUGUUUAUAUCCAAGUGCAGUUCCGUUUUCAGGUGAGACAACAACACUGAACAUUUACAUAAUGUUGAUUCAGAGUGCUUCAUAUACACUCACUGACCAAGCUUUCCAACUAUUCGGGAGGCAGAUCGCCAUUCCCCCAUGCACCGGAUGAGAAACUACCGGUGCCGGAGAUGAAGGGCCCGUGUCAGAAUUUACUGGACCCCAGCUACGAUCCCUCCUUUGUGUGCAGAGUUGUGAGAAUAGCUGGGAAGCCCAUUUCCCCAAAGCUCUUCCCUUAUCCACUAGUAUCCGCCCCCUGGCCUCUGCCCUGAGGACGCCCUGCAGCAGGAGACAGGAAGGCGGAACUGGGCUAAAUGAGCCGGAGCAGGGGAGACGCUGUAAUAGGAGGGGGGUCACCCCCCGCUUCCCCUGGAUGCCUCCCAGGGCUCUGCUCAAAUAUCUGGUUCUGGAGGUGCACUACAGGGAUUCUUGCUGUUGUUGUGAUUUUGAUCUUGUGUAUUCACCUUGCAGUAAAUAGCUCAUCAGGGAAAGGUUCUUCUGGCUCUCCUCCUCCGGAACCAUGCCCUGCCGACUGGCUGUAUCACCAAAGGAAAUGUUACUACUUCUCUGAGAAAGAAAAGGACUGGGACUCCAGUCAGAGCUUUUGUUCCUCACACAACAGCUCCCUAACUGCAAUUGAAAACCAGCAGGAACUGAAAUUUAUAAUGAAAAUAACAAAGCAAGAUCCAUGGAUUGGACUUCACAAGACAGGAGAAAAAUUCCAUUGGGUAAAUGGGACUCCAUUAGAUACAAAUCUGUUGGCAGUAAAGGGUUCUGGAGAAUGUGCCUAUAUUGAAUCAGCUGGGGUCUCCAGUUCUGGAUGCUCAUUAACGAGGGGUUGGGUCUGUAAGAAAACCUCUUAGCUCUGUGUACUCAGGCUUCACUCAGCCAAUUAAUAUAAGACCCCAGGUUCAAUUGUCACAGUUCAGGGCAACUGCACCUGUAUUUCCCCUCAGUGACCCAGCAAGGGCACCUAGUCUCAAGCUUGCUGCAUCUCUCUCCCUUCUGACUGGGGUAUUUCCAAGGCUGCACGGUUCCCUGCCUUUACUGUGUUGUUCCCAGCACAGACAGGUUGCCCAAGGACACCUGCUUGCUUUCUCCUCCGAGACAGUUAGCAGGUGUAAUUGCUACAGUUACAAGAUACCACACAGCACUUCCUAUGACAGCCCACUUUAUUCUUACGGUAAAAAUCAUUAUAGAGAAAGCAUUAAAACAAUAAAAGACACUACACACAUGCUACUAAGCUUCCCACAGUUCACCCUAACAUGGAUACUAGCAGGAGCAGUUCUUCCAUCCCCCCACCCAACGAAUUCCUUGUGGUUACAAGUUCAUGACAGCAUCAGCUCAGAACAAGCUCACUAGGGCCAGUGCUUCCAACCCUGCCAGAAGGAUUGGGGCCUUCUGUGGACCAGAGGUCCUGUCUGUUUGCUGGAUCAGGAAGAAGGCCCUGAGCUGGUUGAAAAUCAGGCUAUUUAUCCAAAAAUCUUUUUUGUCUGUUGGUCCCUGGAGAGUCCAGUUUGAACUAGUGGAGGCGCACUUCUCCAGGUGGUGGUGUCUCUCUGGAGAUAUUACAACCUGAAUGAAUGUGCCUAAUUACCCCCUGCUGUUCUCUUAUUUAUCCUUCCAUGGAAACACAUACAAUUCCACAGUAAUACAGACACAAUUACAUCUUAAUACAGUGGACCCCCAAAGGUAAUCACCUAUUUCAAUAAGGUCUAACUUAGUUCAAUAAAGUUCCUUCAGGAUAUUGCAGGAACUUGUCUGUUGCAUCAACAAGAUCUUGAAAUCUAUAAAUGCAAUGUAGCCUCAGUACAUUUACAUACAUUUCAAAGCACUAACAACUAGAUUACCAAAAUCUCUUACCAAAAACACUAACCCACAACCACCCCACCUGGGUUCAGAAAGGAAGGAGAAAGAUCUAUUAGCCAUGAACUGAGAAUUCAGCCACUGGUUUGCUGUGAAUGCUGCUUGUCAGUCUCGUCUCAUAUCACUGAUUCCUUGUGCUCUCCCCUUCCCCCCAAUCUCUUUGGUGUAUCCACCUGUUGUUUCUCAUCCUAUAGUGAGGGUAUGUCUACACUGCAAUCAGAAGUGUGACUGCAACACGUGUGGACAUACCCGAGUUAGCUUUGAUCUAGCUAGCUCAAAUUACAAUAGCAAUGCAGCCACAGCAGCACGGGCUGUACAAUCCUGCUGGGGACCUUGGCUAUGCAGUUGAGCUGCUAGACUGUACUGCCACAGCUUCAGUGCUAUUGUUACACGAACUAGUUAGAUCAAAGCUACCUCAAGUAUGUCUAUGCUUGCUGCAGUCUCACCUCUGAUUGCAGAGUCUAAGCUCCUUGGCUAGCUCUAUCAAACCUCUUUUUGUCAUGUUUGUGCAGUGCCUACCACAAUGGGGCCAUUAUCUCUAGGCAUUAUCGCAAUACAAAUAAUUAAUACUACUACUGAGAGUCACUUUCCAACCGGAGGAUGUAAUUCAAACAGUCCGAAGGGCUAUUCCAGUCCAGCAGUAAAGUUUCAGGUAGGCAGGGCAAGUUCCCAUCCAACCCUGAUCUAGGUAGGAAUGGAAUCUUAGGUUUCUGAGUGAGGGCAUGUCUAUGCUACGGGUGCUACAGUGGCAGCGCUCCAGCUAUGCUGUUGGAUCACCAUAAAGUAGAGGCUUCCUACGUUGACAGAAGCAGUUUUUCCAUUGACGUAGGUAACCUGCCUCCAAAAGCAAUGGUGGCUGGGUUGAUGGAAGAAUUCUUUCCAAGCACCAGGGGUUAGGUCGGUUUACCUAUUGUGCUCAGAAGUGUGAAUUUUUCACACCCCUGAGCACUGUAGCUAGAUUGAUCUAAAUGUUAAGUGUAGAUCACGGCUCAGUAUAUGAAUCUACUAAUUUCUCUGUUGAGAUAGUUCUAAGACUAGUGAGGGAUAAAUGAGAGCAAGGUGGCUGUGGAACAAUGACCACUGUGAGUGAGUUUAUAUGGCCCAGCCAAUUGAUUCUAGCUGCUGGUGACGUUUGACGCUUAGGGUAAGAAACCAUUCCAAAUCAGCUGUCUGCAGUUGGGAAGGAUCAGGAGUUACCAUAAGUCUAAGAAGACUGAAAGCCCUCAGCUUUCAUUUUAAAAAUAAUUUUCCUUUGACGAGCAAUGUCAAUAAAACCAACCCAGAACCCCACUGGCAGUUUGUAUGCAGCCAUCAAUGAGUGCCUGCUGGUUAGCGCAAAGAGGAUCUCUUCAUAUUCUCAUGCGUGUAAAAUUAUGCCUUGUUUUCCAAAUUAUUUAUAAUAUUUACACUACUAAUUUCCCCCCAUAAAGCUCUGUUGUUACUAUUCUCUUUGCCUUGUAUAUUUUUUUCAAUGUAUUUUUCUUUGUUUAUUUUAUUUUAUUUGUUUAUAGUUUAUUUGCUAUUUGGUUUUGUCCGUCAUAUGUAUAACGUCAGCUGUAUGACUUUAUAAUGACAGGACAAUGUAAAUGUCCUGGAGUUUAUGAUUUCAAUACCUUUAGUGACUUAAAGUUAUAAAAAACAAAUUUUCAUAUAAAAAGUCUAAUAAUUUGUAGAUUUAAUAAUAAGUACAAGCAGAUUUUUUUUUUAUCUUUUGGACACACAUACCCCUCUGAAGGGAAAAGUAGUGCAGCUGUGCUGAAAGUUUUUCUGAGGAAUACCCCACGGCAAAUAAAUAUUCCAUGUAUGUGUGAA